CGGGCUGGAGCUGCAUCGCUGCUCCCUCCAGCUCCCAUCGCUCCAGAUCACAUCCCUCCGUCUCGCAUCCCUCCAGCUCCCAUCCUUCCCUUUCCACCCCUCCAGCUCCCAUCCCUCCAGCUCCCAUCCUUCCCUCUCCAUCCCUCCGUCUCCCAUCCCUCCAGCUCCCAUCCUUCCCUCUCCAUCCCUCCGUCUCCCAUCCCUCCAGCUCCCAUCCCUCCAGCUCCCAUCCUUCCCUCUCCAUCCCUCUGGCUCCCCGCGAAGGAGGAGCAGCAGCCGCGGGGAAGAUGAGCUCUAACAGGUAUCCCGUGGAUGUGAAGGCUGUCGGCUUCAUGCAGUGCAGAAAACAGAAGAACUACAUGAUGUUUGUGUCCUGGUCAGAUCAGAACAACAUUCUCAUCUACAGGACGUUUGAAGACUUUCGGAAAUUCCAUAAAGAGCUGAAGAGAAAAUUCCCCACUGAGAAUGGGUCACUGAGGAGUUUACCCAGGUUUAAAGGAAUAACUAUGCAGCAGAGGAAGGGUGGCAAGCUGAACAGGUGCCUGGAGAUCCUGAAACUGCUGGAAACGUAUUCCCAGGAGCUGCUGAAAACUGAUGUGAAAAUCUCCCGGGGUGAAGAGGUGAACCAGUUUUUCAAGGCACAGACUCAAGACCUCGAUCCCUCCUUCCCUGAAAACAGUGCUGUGAUCAUGCCCUCAGUGUUCAGAAGGGAGAAGGGCCCCCAGCCCCUCUCCAUCACCCUCCCUCAGGCGUCGCAGAGCUACCGCUGCAUCAAGGCCUUUGAAACCAAAGACACAAAGAACAAACCCUUCACAGUGGCUCAGGAGGAGAUCGUGGAAGUGCUCAUCAAGUACAUGACUGGCUGGUGGCUGGUGGAAAAUGCAGACAAGCAGAUAGCCUGGUUCCCAGCCACAUACCUGGAAGAGCUUGAUGCCUAUGAGGACAUCCAGAAUGCCUUCAGCUCAGAUGAGGAGGGCAGCCUGUACUUUGUGGUGCAGGCCUACGAGGCUCAGAAGGCAGACGAGCUCUCUCUGAACCAGGGGGUGGUCGUGGAGGUGCUCAGGACGUCCCACAAUGGCUGGUGGCUGAUCAGGUACAACGGCUGCACUGGCUACAUGCCCUCGCUGUGCCUCCGGCCCUACCAGAACCCUCACCACAAGCUCCAGAGCAUCCUGAGCUGCAGCCUGCACGCCUGCACCCCGAGCCUCAGCUCCCGGGAGGAACACAGCUCUGCCAGGAGCAGAUCCCGCUCCCUGCCCCAGGCCAGCUCCACCCCGGGGCUGGAUUUGGGCUUGGACAGCUCCUCGCUGAGCUCGGGCAGCAGCAGCAGCGCCGGGAACGCCCGGCUGGCCUGGAAACCCGAAUUGUCUCGGUCCCUGCCCGAGGUGGAGCCGGCCAGGAGCUCUCCUGGCCCGAGCCACGAGCUGGGCACACACAGCAGCAAAUCCCCAGGGCUCAGUGCCAGGGACAGGAACGACUCUGGCUUCGUGGAGUCCUGCACAGCCGAGCCGCCCCUCGCUGACCCCGAGCUGGCCGCGGGUGUCCCCAAGGUGCCAGCCCGUCCCUCAGCCCAGGAGAUCCUGCAGCGCUGCAGCACCGUCACCAAGCGGGCUGUGCAGCACUCGGCCCCCCGGCCGGCCCUGCCGGACCUCAGCCAGCGUUAGGGACCCUGGGCAGGGGGCACGGGGACAGCCCUGGCACCCUGCAGCCCCCUGGGAGCCGUGGGCAGCGGCUCUGGAGUGCCAGGGCUUGGGACUGUCCCCUCCCCAGGGACACAGAGAUCCAUCAUUUCUGGAUUGUCAGGGCUUGGGACUGUCCCCUCCUGAGGGACACAGAGAUCCAUCACUGCUGGAGUGCCAGGGCUUGGCACUGUCCCCUCCCCAGGGACACAGAGAUCCAUCACUGCUGGAGUGCCAGGGCUUGGCACUGUCCCCUCCCCAGGGACACAGAGAUCCAUCACUGCUGGAGUGCCAGGGCUUGGGACUGUCCCCUCCUGAGGGACACAGAGAUCCAUCACUGCUGGAGUGUCAGGGCUUGGGGCUGUCCCCUCCUGAGGGACACAGAGAUCCAUCACUGCUGGAGUGUCAGGGCUUGGCACUGUCCCCUCCCCAGGGACACAGAGAUCCAUCACUGCUGGAGUGCCAGGGCUUGGCACUGUCCCCUCCCCAGGGACACAGAGAUCCAUCACUGCUGGAGUGUCAGGGCUUGGGGCUGUCCCCUCCCCAGGGACACACACAGAUCCACCACCUCCCUGGGCAGCUGCAGCUUCCCCAGGGAGUUGCUGGGACAGGGCUGAGUGGGGUCACCCGAGCUUCCAGCAGCUGCAGGGCUGGAGGUCACUCAGAGCUCUCCCCCAGGCAGGUGUUCCCCUCCCUGCAGUGCAGCUGGGCUAUUCCCCAUGCCAGGAUCAGCUGGCACAGCCACGGCCACCAUGGAGGGCACAGGAGUGGCACCAGAGUGCCUCAGUGUCCCCUGGCACAGAGGGGACACAGCCACGGGAUUGGGGAGAGAUGGGAUGUAUGAUGGCACCUAUUAACCCCCUGUUUUAUAGGUAUUUUUAAAAACUUUCUGACUUUUGGUGUCAGUUUGGGGUUUUUUUAUACGUUAGUGGAGAGGCCAUGAAACACAGGGAUGGGCUGGAUGUGCUGAAUGGUUGUGAGAAUAAAAAACCUGCUGGGGAGGAAGCUCAUCCCUGCUCCCUGCAGCCACAGGAACACAACCAGGGGAGCCACAGCUCCUGUCCCACCUGGGGAUGGGAACAGAGGUCACCUUUAUGGACAAAACACUCCUCUUCCCAAGGGGACUGCCUAGUUACUGAAACAACAAUCCUAAACUCAUUAGCUAGAAAUGAGUUAGAAAAAGAGUUACAGGAAAAUCA